AUGUCUGUGUCACAAAACUCCAUCUAUUCCCAGGGCUUCAACUUUGGGUCUUUCCUCGAGAAGGGGGUAGACCCACGCACUGGCCAAUACACCUGCUCCGUUGACCUUUAUCAAGCGCCUUCUGAGUCUCGCAACUGCCCACCAUUCAAGCUCUCACUCAACUACAGUCCACUAAGUACCGAGAAUGUCGGCUUAGGCAAGGGCUGGUCUCUCAACUUCUCGUCAUAUAGAGAUAAAACCCUCUGUCUCUACACCGGGGAGAGCUUCAAAGUCAUCGAGACAAGUCAGGAAUUCACCGUGGCAGAUCAAAAGCUGAAGAAUUUCCACGCCACGAAGGUUGAUAAUGACUAUCAAGUUGUGCAUAAAUCCGGCCUAGUCGAGAUUCUCUCGCAUUUCAAAGAUCUAUAUGACCGAUCCGUUCCUAUCGCACUGUACGCCCCUACCGGUCGCUCUCUGCAGUUUGAGUGGAAGCCUAAAGGAGUACAACCUCGGCUCCAAAAAAUCUGGGAUGGCAGCGAGUGUUUGCUAGAGAUUACGUAUGAUGAUGCUGAGGUGAAGGUCACUCGUGCACCAGAUGCUGCCGAGAGCAGUACGUUCACCCUGCUUCUGCGCGAUGAUCAGUUGACCGAGAUCCAUACCCCUUUGGACAACACGCGUCCCUGGACAUUUGCAUAUGCAUUUAUGAAUGGGUUCACCUGCCUGAACGAGAUUACCAGUCCAACAGGCCUUUACGAGAGGAUGAACUAUAAAGAAAACGGACACCGCCCGCCAACUAAAGCUCCUUAUCCACCAAUACCUUAUGUCAUUUCUCACUUGGUGGACCCGGGGAAGCAGCAGGCUCAAACCGAGACACAAUACAGCUACUCGGACUUUAAUUUUCUUGGUUAUGGCAGCAGCCACGACUGGAGCAGCGAUGGAGAUAACCUGUACCGGUCUGCGAGUAAUUACCAGUACACUUCGACUGUAAAAAUCGUGGGGGGGUCAAUUACGGAGUAUGUAUAUAACAAAUAUCAUCUCCCCGUGUCGAUCAAGGAGGAGAUGGGUACCAAGACAAAAACACAGACGUUCACAUAUUACGCUGACGUGUACGAUGGUUUCGAGAAGCAGAAAGAACAAUACCAACUACCGAAUGCUGUGACUACAAUCUACUGCGACGAUGCGACCGAGAAGUCUCGCGAGGAAACUAUCAGUUACGUCUUUGAUGAAUGGGGGAACCCCACUCAGGAAGUUCAAUCGAAUGGCAUCACAAUCGAUCGUACUUACUAUUCCCCAGAAGAGGAGAGGGAUCCUAUUACAAAAGAGGUUCUUUGUCCUAAGGACCCCCAUGGCUUCCAGCGGCAUCUCAGGCUAGAGACUGUGACCCCAGCGGCAAGCAAUUACUCCACACCGACACGCAGCCAGUAUUAUACGUAUCUUGAGGUUGAGACAGCCAUCAAUGCCAAAUCUAGCCGGUUCAUCGCAGUUAAGAAGCUAGUUAGUUUAGAAGAAUCAAAUAUCCUCAGCACCACCGAAUACCAGUACUUCAGUCAGCCAUCCACUAGGGACCACUGCCGAAUAAAGCGCCAAACGAGCUGGAUGUCGGACGAUCAUCCUUCAACACAGGAUUGGAGCUAUGAAUACCCCGUCAGUGAACAGAUAGAACAGACCAUAACCACAACUAGUUGGGAUAGUGUCACUAUUCAGGAAAAGACUGAUUAUUCCCUGUCUACCGGGUUCGUGUUAGCUCGCAAAGACCAAGCCGACGUCCGAGACCUGUUCGAGUACGACAAGCUCGGCCGUAUGAUCAAGGCCACCACCGCUGUCGGUAGCCUGCAGGAAAGCACACGCUGCCAUGAUUAUGCGCUCAAGGAGGACUCUGAAGCCUACUUGACGGUCACAGAUUCUAAAGGUGUGCGAACAUUAUACUACAUCGACGGCUUGGAGCGUGUUACCAGGGUGGAGAAGCAAGACGACGAUGUUUCCUGGAGCCCCGAAAAGGCUUACACGGGGACUUUUCGCCCGGUGCAGGAAAACACGUAUAACACCCUGGGCCAGUGCAUAGAAACCGUCGAGAUCGACUGGCUGCGAAGGAAAAAUACGUCUCCAGAAGAGCAACGUAGUGCUGAAACAAUGGAGUAUGAUGACUGGGGAGAGGUUUGGCGAACGACUGAUAGCGGUGGGAUGGUGACCAUUAGCCUCGAUGAUCCAGUCAGCUUGACACGAACCGAAGGCUUCGAGGGCGAAGGUCAGAAGAAGACAUACUUGAACCAUUUUGGCUCACCCGUCAAGACAGAGCUCUUGGACAAGGACGGAUUGGUGCACAGCCAGGUGGAGUAUUUCUACGAUGGUCUCGGCCGUCUGAUCGAAGAAGCAGAUGUAUAUGGCCGCGUCACGAAGUAUACACCUGACGCAUUUGACAGGAUCACUGAAACAACCUGGUCCAGUGGCCGUGUAAUUGCUGCUAAAUUUUCAGCCAAGAGUGCUGCGCUCCUACCUAUCUCUAUUACUACAAAUGGUCUCACCGUGGGAGAGCAAUCCUUUGAUGGACUGAAUCGAGUGACCAAGAGGACUGUUGGCACACGAACCACAGAUCAAAUCUAUGAAGGCAACUCUCCCGAGCCGACGCAGAUGAUCACGCAAAAGGGCGAGCGAACUAGCUUCACAUAUGACCCAAAAUUAGGCUACGCCCUCACGUCUCGUGCCGGCAAUGAAAGCGAAGAUAAAUAUCAGUAUGACGAGCGAACUGGGGCACCGGUACUUCUCGAAGGUACUCACAGUACGCACAACCUCGAGUAUCUUCCCUCAGGUCUCUUGGACAAAGAAACCAUUCGCAUUCAUGGAGAAGAUCUGUGUGCACAAUUUACCUGGUCCAUGGCCGGGAAGUUACAAGGCUACAUCGAUGUGCACAAACAAGCAUUUGAAGCCCAGUACGACACUGAUGGACGAGUCAAGCAAUUACUGCAAGGCACACUGAAGGCCUCUUUUACCUAUGGCAAGGCGAAUCGAGUGACACAGAUGCAGGUGCAGGAUGACCAGCGUGGUACUGGAUUAACGACUGAUUUGACACAUGAUGAGUUCGGUCGCGAAACCCAUAGAACAAUUCUGAAAGCGGGGAAGAAGCUCUACGAGCUGGUACAGUCUUAUAAUGAUGGCAGUCUACUUAGUGAGCGCCAUCAGCGUGACGGAGAUGACAAUGUGCUACGCUCUGAGACCUUUAAAUAUGAUGACCUUAACCGCCUUACUAAGUAUACAUGCGAGGGUAGUGAAGCGCCCAUUGACGAAAAAGGCCGCCGCGUUAAGUGCCAGAACUUCAAAUUUGAUGAAUUUGACAAUGUGUGCGAAGUGUCCACGACCUUUCAAGACGGGAGCCAAAACAUCGCCAAUUACGCACGCAACGAAACAGACCCUACUCAAUUGGCGGAGAUUACCAAUACCCACGCUAGCUCUGCUCCACAUGUCAAGCUAGCAUACGAUGACAAUGGCUGUUUAAUUCAAGACGAAGAAGGCCGGAAGUUGGACUACGACAGUAUGAGCCGGCUGAUUGCCGUCCGCGAUUCCGAUGAUAGUAACAAGAUCCUAAGUCAAUACGAGUAUGACGCCGUCGGACGGUUGCUCUGUCAGAGAAUCCCCGACCAGCCCGAUAUCUGGUUCUUUUACCGUGAGGACAAACUUGUUGCGGUCCAAUCGGGAGAACGUCAGGUUAGCUACCUAGCGGACGAUAACGGGUAUUUGGGACAGUUUGUCAAGGAAGGUGGGAACAUAUCAACCCAGGUUUUUGCUUUGGAUGGCCAACAGUCUGUACUAGCUUGGAUUGAUACCGACCAGCAUGAUAAGGUCAACUUGCAGCAGUACACGCCAUACGGCCUCGGUACCACAGGAUCGAGUAUUGGCUUCAACGGACAAUGGCGUGAUCCAAUCACUGGCUGGUAUCACUUGGGUAACGGGUAUCGCGUCUACAACCCGGUACUUAUGCGUUUCCAUCAGCCUGAUCCUUGGAGUCCUUUCACGUCGGGUGAAAUAAACCCGUACGCCUAUUGCUUAGGAGACCCGAUCAACCGCAUCGACCCCAGUGGGCAUUUCAGUUUGUUCGGCAUCAAAUUCGGUUGGAAGGAUUUGAUCACCGCCAUUGCAGGAAUAGCAGCCAGUGUUGUUCUUGGUGUUCUCACGGGUGGUGCGAGUCUAGCAGUUCAGAUUGGCUUGAGCGUCGCGGUUGGCGUUGUUACUGAGGUAGCAACCGGCAUGAUUGGAGACGCGUUAGACGGGAAUCAGAUCACCUGGAAGAGUGUCGGUAUGGAUGCCCUUGGGGGCGCCUUGGGUGGUCUUACCGGAAAGGCCGGUAAACAGGGCUUGAAGCAGGGAUUUAAGGUCGCUAAGACGGGGGUCAAAACCGCCCUUGGCCGUGCAGGCAAAGCGACAAUCACCAAGGCAGGCAAAGAGUCGGCGGAAAAGCUUACGAGAAAAGCCGCCAAGAAAAUCUUCGUGAAAGCUAGCAAGGCAAAGGAGGGCGCCAAAAGUUUAUUCAAAUCAGGAGGCUCGGAUGGUGAGCCAGAGCAAUUACCUUCUACAGCCAGAGACAGCAUUCGACCAGCUCUCAAAGAUGGUGAGUAUGCCUUUGGUGAUCUUACUGUGCAGCAGUCCACCAUGUCGUCUCUGUCCAGCUACGGCGCAGGGCAACCGCUAGCGGACAUGCUGAAUAGAGAUAACCGAUAUGGCUUUGGGUCAACGGGCCAAUCACAGGAUGGGCAAGAAGGAAGUGAUGCGUUGGGCUCAUUGGAGCAGGCAAGAAAUGUGUAUUCUUCUCUCAGAAGGACGAUAAGGGCACCCCAUCGGCCUUUCGGCUUACAGGGUCUGCCGGAGUUGUGA